CGUUUCUCCGGGACUUAUUUUUGUAACGAACUCGGAAGGGUAGCACAACUUUCAUUAGUGGUUUUCUGUCACAUAGGAUGUUUUAAAAGACGACAACAGGACCUAAUAAUGACAGAAAACCACGUGGCGGGGAUGGAGGCGUCCGCCGUGUCCGUCCUGAGGCGGGCGGUGGAGCUGGACCAGAGCGGCCGCUUUCAGGAGGCUCUGGUCUGCUACCAGGAGGGCAUCCAGCUGCUCAUAGACGUCCUCAAAGUUGUGAAAGAUGAAUCAAAGAGAGGACACUACAGGGAGAAGAUAAAGGGCUACAUGGACAGAGCAGAGCAGGUCAAAGCUCAGGUGAACCACAUGAAAGAAGAUGGGAAGUACCAUGAGCAGAUAAGAAUAUCAGAGGAUGCCACCGGUUACAGCUAUGAGGUUCUGUUCAAGCCGUACAUCAGCGGUGCUCUCACAGAGGUCUGGGUGCAGGAUCCAUACAUACGACACACACACCAAUUGUAUAACUUCCUGCGGUUCUGUGAGAUGCUGCUUAAAGCCUCCUGCAAGGUGAAAAAGAUCCAUCUCCUCACUUCACAGGAUGAAACUGACAGCAGCCAGCAGAGCAGCGCUUUAGCUGAGCUCAGAGAGAGUCUUAGCUCUCAGGGAGUCGCUCUGGAUCUGCAGUAUUCCUCCACCAUACACGACAGGGAGAUCAGGUUUGACAACGGUUGGAUCAUAAAAAUCGGAAGAGGGUUGGAUUACUUCAAGAGAGCAAAGGGCCGAUUCUCUGUUGGAUAUUGUGACUACGACCUGAGGCAGUGCCAAGAAACCACCGUAGACAUUUUCCACACCAAACAUACAAAAACACUAUGAGACUCCUGAAGCUGAAGUUUUUUUUAUCUUAUGUGAUUUCAUCGACACGUCUGCCUUCUCGUUCGGGUGCACGGGACUGGAUUUAUAACUAUUCUACUGUUUGCUUUUGCGGCACUGAAAUGUCUUAAAUUUCUGCUAAUUGUUUGAUUCAAUCCUUUUAUAUCGCUAUGGCACAUUUUUAAGACGCUCUAUUUUUUAUGUAAUUUAUGUGUUAUGUUUUUCAUUUGUUUUCUUUCUUGACUUUUGAGGGUUCUUUUCUAAAAGCCAUCUGUUUUUUUCUUCUAAAAAAUCUCUUCUGUAGCUAUGAUGAUCUACAGAAAAGAUGGUUUUUGGUGGAAAAAUCUAUGACUUCUCAAAAAAAAUUCCUUAACAACUGUGUUUAUAUCCUAAAUGUUUCUUUUACCGUUUCAUUUUCACCAACUCUUUAAAACUAAAUUAAAAAUUAAAUAAAUAAAUUAAAUAAAUUAAAAA